GUGCACGGUACUUGUUGAUGGCUCGGCACACAGUCCAGUGAGUGAAGCCGAGAGACAGUAGCUGAAAAGAUGGGCCUUCUCUCUGUGAGUGUCGGGCCAUUUCGGAACCGCGUGCGGACGGUUCGGACGUGGAGCCGAAAGUUAUCCACAAUUUCCGCUACUUUUCGCAGCAGCAGCAGCGCACUCCCGUCGAAGAUGUCAUUAAUCCAAAGGAGAUGUGGAGGAUUUUAUCAACACAGUUUCUCACUUGCUCGGUUACUUAGCUCAAACAAACCGCCAAGAGGAUUCGAAAAGUUUUUCCCAAAGAGUGAAGAAAGCACUGGCGUCAGCAAAUCAGCUGAAGAUGAAAAUGCUAAAGAGCAAGAGUCUCUGGGAGGGGACAAGCAGGACACAAACGACGAUGAGGACAAAAGACAGAGAGGAGGAAAAAAGGAAGAAUCACACUGGUGGACGCAAUUUCAGGAUGAUUUUCCCUUGGAUGAAAAAUUAGUACGGAAUCUUGCCAUCGGUGCAGCAGGCAUGGCCUCAGCUUUUCUGUACUUCUACUUCCGGGAGACGGGGGUCCAGAUCUCCUGGAAGGAUUUUGUGCAUCACUACUUGGGCAGAGGCUUGGUGGAUCAUCUGGAGGUUGUCAACAAACAGUAUGUCAAAGUCAUUCCUGCCCACGGAGUGAACACAUCAGAAGUGAGCUAUUUGUGGUUCAACAUUGGCAGCGUUGACUCAUUUGAGCAUAACCUGGAGAUAGCCCAGCAGGAAAUGGGUCUCGACUCCCCAGUACCUGUAAUCUAUAGCACUGAAAGCGACGGGACACUUCUUUUUAGUGUCCUCCCAACCUUACUUCUGGUGGGCUUUUUGCUUUUUGCCAUGCGGCAGGGACCAAUGGCAAUUGGACGUGGAGGUAGGGGGCGAGCAAAUCCCUUUAGCAUGAGUGAAUCCAAAGCUAAGAUAAUCAAAGACAACAUCAGUGUGCGUUUCAAGGAUGUUGCAGGCUGUGAAGAGGCAAAACUGGAGAUUUUGGAGUUUGUCAACUUCCUGAAGAAUCCACGUCAGUACCAGGACCUUGGAGCCAAGAUCCCAAAGGGUGCAGUGUUAUCAGGGCCACCUGGAACUGGGAAGACCUUGCUGGCUAAGGCCACUGCAGGGGAGGCCAAUGUCCCCUUCAUCACCGUCAGCGGCUCAGAGUUCCAGGAAAUGUUUGUUGGUGUGGGCCCAGCAAGGAUAAGGGAUAUGUUUGCCAUGGCUCGAAAAAAUGCCCCUUGCAUCCUUUUCAUUGACGAGAUCGAUGCGGUGGGCAGGAAGAGAGGCAGAGGGAACUUUGGCAGCCAGAGCGAGCAAGAAAACACCCUUAACCAGUUGCUUGUGGAAAUGGAUGGAUUCAACAGUAGUACCAACGUGGUCGUUUUGGCUGGCACCAAUCGAGCUGAUAUCCUGGAUCCAGCUCUGAUGAGGCCUGGACGCUUUGAUCGACAUAUAUACAUAGGCCCACCAGACAUUAAAGGAAGGGCAUCCAUCUUUAAGGUGCAUUUAAGACCUCUGAAGUUGCACUCCAGUAUAGAAGUAGAGGCUUUGGCUAGAAAGCUAGCUGCACUAUCCCCAGGUUUUACUGGGGCUGAUAUUGCUAAUGUGUGUAAUGAGGCUGCUCUAAUUGCUGCACGUCACCUCAACCAGCAUAUCAACACUAAUCACUUUGAACAGGCAAUUGAAAGAGUUAUUGGAGGUCUGGAGAAGAAGACUCAGGUACUGCAGCUUCCAGAGAAGACUACUGUGGCAUAUCAUGAGGCCGGACAUGCUGUGGCUGGCUGGUUCCUAGAACAUGCAGACCCCCUACUUAAGGUGUCCAUUGUUCCCAGAGGGAAAGGUUUGGGUUAUGCCCAGUAUCUGCCUAAGGAACAGUACCUGUUCACCCGGGAGCAGCUGUUUGACAGAAUGUGCAUGAUGCUGGGCGGUCGAGUGGCUGAGCAGGUUUUCCUUCAUAGAGUAACCACUGGAGCACAAGAUGACCUCAGGAAAGUCACACAGUCUGCCUAUGCACAGGUCGUAGAGUUUGGAAUGAAUGAGGCAGUGGGUCAGGUUUCCUUUGACUUCCCUCAGCGGGGCAACAUAGUUACUGAAAAACCCUUCAGUGAACCUACAGCCCAGCUCAUAGACCAGGAGGUCCGUCUGCUCAUAGAUGCUGCUUUCCAGCGAACUCUUCAGCUUGUCAAUGAGAAGAAGGAAAUGGUGGAGAAGGUGGCAAAAUGUCUUCUAGAAAAGGAGAUUCUAGACAAGGCUGACAUGGUAAAGCUGCUAGGACCCCGUCCAUUUCAAGAGAAGUCAUCAUAUGAAGAGUUUGUUGAGGGGUUGGGGGAAUUUGAAGAAGACACCUCUCUUCCUGAAGGGCUAAAGAACUGGAACAAGAACAAGCGUGAUGAAAAACACUUGCAGGAUCGGCAAAACAAAUCAGCCCUUUACCUGUAGGUCCACGUGCUGCCUCAUAACAAAUAUUCCACUGGAUUUGGAUUUGGAUUGAAGUGCAGCACUGUCUGGUUCAUCUCACUGACAGCUGCAAGAGGAGCAAUGGUGAUGUGUUGCACGGGUCUUUUUCGACCAUGAUUAUGCCAUUUGCAAAAUUUUUAUUGUGGUAUUUUUAUUGUAGUUUUUAUUGUAGUUUUUAUAUUUAGCAGGAAUUCCAAAAAGUCAUCAUUAAUAUCAGUACAUUUAAAAUCCAGUAAGCUAAAGACCUUGGGACAGUGCCUUUUAGUGUCUUCUGCGCUCUUCCUCUCACACUCUGAUGCAGUCCCAUAGUGUCCUACAGUGCAAUAACUCUGACCAACACACUGCAGAACAACUGGCAGUCAUGGUCAGGAAAGCUAUUGAAAAAAAAAAAGAAGAGGAAUCACCUGACCUUAUGUGAAAGGUGCAUUAGUUACAUGUGUUAUUUGGACAACAUGCUGUGCUGGUAUCAUCAUAUGAUGGCAUCAUAUAGAGAUACAUUUUAUUCUGAGGCUGGUUCUCCUUAUACAACCUUACUCACUUUCAGUUUCACUAGGUGCUUAUUCUUAAGCCUGUGGUACAGAUUCCCCAAUAGAAUGAGGAUGCAGUUUCAGCCACCACUUUGUUAUGUUGGUGGCUGAAUAUGUAAUAUGUGUUUUCACUGAGUGGGGAACCAGGUUUCUUGUUUUCUUUCAGAUUUCAAAUGACUGUACUUUUAACUGUUUUUAAACUUUCUUCACACCGCAGUACAAUGAAGACAUUCUUACAUUUCUGGGACUUUGUCUCAGCUGACAUACAUCAAUACAUUUUCAUUCCCUCAUACUCUUCCUGCAGACUUCAGCCUUCCUCAACCUGGUUCUCAUUAAUGUAUCAGUAAAGGCAGUUGUUAGAAGUCAGUUUGUAAAUCUGUGCACAUAUGAUACGUUACAAAUAUUUUCAGAUCACAUGUACUUUAUUUAGGUUGUUCUGUCAUAGUAAUAAGAGUCAGCAUUGAUGUAGACAUCAGUAACUUAAGGCUGAUAGUUAAAGCUAGCACUGGAAGAAUGAAGUAUUUAAAAACGACAUUUCACGCGCUGCUGCACUACCUCACAGUCUGUGUUCUUUACUGCCUCUUAAAACAUCCUCUGGACUAUUCAUUGAUAGAAAGAGUCAUAUUUCACUCACACCGCUUUACUGUAUUGAGUGUGUAUAAAACAGAUGAGUAAUUGCUCAAAAUGAAGUGAAGCUUAAUUGGCUUUUCCAUUAAUGUGUUCGUGUGGCCCUCUCCCUCUGAGUACAUUAUAACCUUCCUCCAGCAUUUAUUAAUGUGACAACAAAUUGCUCCCAUUCAGGGAACUAUUCUUUCAGUAAAUUGUGGGUAAUUUUUGAAUGUUUUCCUAAUUAUGAGCCAACCAAACUAAGCUAGAUAACUAUUCACAUAGCAUUCUCAUUUCCUGUAUUUGAGAACCACUCCUUGAAGGGCUUGUAGUACACUGUUAACUAAAUGUUAAUAGUCUCUGAAUAAUUAGGCCAGUUGCUCCUGUGUUGAGUAAACAGGUUUGAAAACUGGAUCUCGGAUUUGCUUGAAUCACAUUUUCCAUUAAAUGGUUCAGACCCCAACCAGCAUGACACUGGGACAUUUUGUCAUCCAGAUUUUUCAAAAAACCCUAAUAAAUGAUGAGCAGGCUGGUUGUAUAUCAGCGUGUACGAUAAAUGUUGUGUGUUCUGUGCCUGGUUGACACUGUACUGUUUUUGCUUGAUGAAUAUUCCUCUUUACAUGUCAGCGAGGAUUAUCGGUUUUACAUUGAGAUGUGAAGACAAAUGAAAAACAUGAAAUGUGAGGCUGUUGUGGCUCACACCAAUAUUAAACAGUUUUUA